GAUGACGAUGGUCGGUUCACGGAGCGCGUGGCGGACUUCAAGGGGCUCUAUGUGAAGGAUGCAGACAAGGCCAUCAUCGCACACAUGAAGGAGGCGGGGCGGGUGGUGAGCGUGGGCAGCAUCAUGCACUCCUACCCCUUCUGCUGGCGCUCCGACACGCCCCUCAUCUACCGAGCUGUGCCCAGCUGGUUCAUAGCGGUGGAGCAGAUAAAGCCGGCGCUGCUGGCGAACAACGCAGAGACGUACUGGGUGCCGGAGUACGUUAAGGACAAGCGCUUCCACAACUGGCUCGAGAACGCACGCGACUGGGCUGUCAGCCGCAGCCGCUUCUGGGGCACGCCGCUGCCCAUCUGGGCGAAUGAGGACCUCAGUGAGAUGAGGGUGGUGGGCAGCGUGGCGGAGCUGGAGGCGCUGGGCGGCGAGAAGGUGACAGACCUGCACCGCCACAAGAUCGACCAUAUCACCAUCGCCAGCAGCAAGGGCGAGGGCCACCCGCCACUCAAGCGCAUCGAGGAUGUGUUUGACUGCUGGUUUGAGAGCGGCAGCAUGCCGUAUGCUUACAUCCACUACCCCUUUGAGAACAAGGAGCUCUUCGAAAAGAACUUUCCCGGACACUUCAUUGCGGAGGGGCUCGACCAGACGAGAGGAUGGUUCUACACGCUGAUGGUGCUGUCGACGGCGCUCUUCAACAAGCCUGCCUUCCGCAGCCUGAUCUGCAACGGGCUCGUGCUGGCGGAGGACGGCAAGAAGAUGAGCAAGCGCCUCAAGAACUACCCCCCGCCCAUGGACGUCGUCUCCGCGUACGGUGCGGACGCGCUGCGCCUCUACCUCAUCAACUCGCCCGUCGUGCGCGCCGAGCCGCUGCGCUUCAAGAAGGACGGCGUCUUCGCCGUGGUGCGCGACGUGUUCCUCCCCUGGUACAACGCGUACCGCUUCCUCGUGCAGAACGCGUUGCGCCUCACAGCUGAGGGCCUGCCGCCAUUCCAGCCAAUGACGGCGCGCCAGCUGGCGGCGAGCAGCAACGUGCUGGACCAGUGGAUCCACUCCGCCAGCCAGAGCCUGGCGCAGUUCGUGCGCGGGGAGAUGGAGGCGUACCGCCUCUACACCGUGGUGCCGUACCUGGUGCGGUUCAUCGACAGCCUCACCAACGUGUACGUGCGCUUCAACCGCAAGCGCCUCAAGGGCCGCACCUUCGAUCAAGACUGCCGCUUCGCCCUCUCCUCGCUCUUCCAUGUGCUGCUGACGGUGUGCAAGGCCAUGGCGCCCUUCACCCCUUUCUUCACAGAGGCCAUGUACCAGAACCUCAGCAAGGCGCUCCCACAGCGCCCGCCCGCCGAUGCUGCUGCUGCUGCUCCUGUUGGCGAUGGCGAGGUGGGGAGGCAGGGCGGGCUGGGCGGGGCGGCGGUGGAUGAGGAGCACCUGGAGUGGGCGGAGGACUCGGUGCACUUCUGCUCCUUCCCCACCUCCGAUAAGCAUGUGGACGAGCGCAUGGAGCGCAGUGUGGAGCGCAUGAUGAAGGUCAUCGACCUCGCCAGGAACAUCCGCGAGCGCAACAACCGCCCGCUCAAGACGCCGCUCCGGGAGAUGGUGGUGGUGCACCCUGACGCCCAGUUCCUGGAAGACAUCACCGGCAAGCUGUGCGAGUACGUGCGCGAGGAGCUCAACGUGCGCUCGGUGGUGCCGUGCGCCGACACCAGCAAGUACACCUCCGUGCGCGCCGAACCUGACUUCAGUGUGUUGGGGCGGCGCGUGGGCAAGGCGAUGGGGGCGGUGGCGAAGGCCGUGAAGGACAUGGACGCCGCCGCCAUAGCGGCGCUGCAGAGCGCGGGGGAGGUCACCAUCGCUGGCCACACCCUCGCUGCCUCUGACAUCAAGGUGGUGCGGGACUUCAAGGCGCCAGAGGGCAGCAGUGCGGGCGACAUGGACGCGGCGGGCGAUGGCGAGGCGCUGGUGGUGCUGGACCUGCGGCCCGACACCGAGCUACUGGAGGCCGGCGCCGCCAGGGAGGUGGUGAACCGCGUGCAGAAGCUGCGCAAGCGGGCGGGGCUGGAGCCCACGGACGCCGUGGAGGUGUUCGUCCACCUGCACGGCGAGGGCGAGGGGGAGGGGGAGGGGGAUAAAGCGUCGCAUGGGGGGGUCAGUGACGGUGGCGUGGGGAGCAAGGGCAAGGAGGGCGCUGAGGAGUCGCCGCUGCAGCGCAUUCUGGUGUCCCAGGCGGCGUACAUCCACGAUGCCCUGGGAGCGCCACUUCUGUCCGCCGACUACUGCCCCUCACAUGCCGUGGUGCUGGCGUCGGAGCGCUACAGCGGAGUGGCGGGGGCGUCCUUCACGCUCACUCUCACGCGCCCCGCGCUCUGCUUCUCGCCCUCCCUCGCUGUCAACGCCUGCAAUGGCAACGCCGAGGCAGCCACCGCAGUGCAGGUGGUGCUGAUGGCUCGAGACCCCGCCAAGCUCCGGGCCGAGAUGGCAGCAGCAGGGGGGAAGGUGCAUGUGGCGGUGGACGGCAUGGGCGAGUGGGACAUGGUGCAGGGCGCGCACCUCUUCCUCUCCGUCAACGACUUCCUUGAGGCGAACCCUGCCACGCGCCCCUGAUGGCCCGCCCGCCCUGCCAAUCAGCCACCCUGCCACGUGCCCAUGGCAUCCCACCCCACCUGCGAGCUUGCCAGGGGGCUGUCUCCACAUCAAGAAAUGGCAGCACCUUCCAAGAGCAGUAGCCUUAGCAUUAUGUGCUGUGGAUCAACCAUACAUCGCAGAAGUUUAACAUAGAGCAGUUGAAGUCAUAUUCAAGUUGAAAGCAUGUCAUGACAGGACAUGUUUCUGGUGCAAAAGAUAUCAAGAAAAUGUUAGAAUGUUGAGAGAAAAUUGGACUAAGGGAGGAAGGCUGAGGGUUACAAAGGUGGGAAUUGUUGGAAAUAUCUCAAAGGA